GCUGCCAGAGGGAGGGGCCGCUGAGUCGAAAAAACAAAUAAGCCUCGCGAGGUUUCGAGGACCCGGAUGAUCCGGCCCCUCAGAGCAAAGCCGGAAGAGGGCGGGACGAACCGGAAGAAGGUGAAAUGCUCUCGGUAGGUACUCCAUGGUUGUGAAGAUGGCGGUGGCUGCGUGGCUUCAGGUGCUGCCUGUUAUUCUUCUUCUGGGGGCUCGGCCGUCCCCAUUGUGGCUUUUCGGUGUUGGACCGGCUCCCGUCGCUGCUGCCGAUAGAUCCAAGUGGCACAUUCCAAUAUCGUCGGGGAAAAAUUAUUUUAGUUUUGGAAAGAUCCUCUUCAAAAAUACUACUAUCUUCCUGAAAUUUGAUGGAGAACCUUGUGACAUAUCUUUGAAUAUAACCUGGUAUCUGAAAAGUGCUGAUUGUUACAAUGAAAUAUACAACUUCAAGGCAGAAGAAGUGGAGACAUAUUUGGAAAAUCUUAAGGAAAAAAAAGCCUUGUCUGGGAAAUACCAAACAUCAUCAAAAUUGUUUCAGAACUGCAGUGAACUCUUUAAGACACAGAGCUUUUCUGGGGAUUUUGUACAUCGAUUGCCUCUUUUAGGAGAAAAACAGGAGGCUAAGGAGAAUGGAACAAAUCUUACCUUUACUGGAGAAAAAAUUGCAAUGCAUGAUCCAUUGAAAACUUGGCAAGAUGCACCAUACAUUUUUAUUGUACAUAUUGGCAUUUCAUCCUUAAAGGAAUCAUCAAAAGAAAAUUCACUAAGUAAUCUUUUUACCAUGACUGUUGAAGUGAAGGGUCCCUAUGAAUACCUCACACUUGAAGAAUAUCCAUUGAUGAUUUUUUUCAUGGUGAUGUGUAUUGUAUAUGUCCUCUUUGGUGUUCUGUGGCUGGCGUGGUCUGCCUGCUACUGGAGAGAUCUCUUGAGAAUUCAGUUUUGGAUCGGUGCUGUCAUCUUCUUGGGAAUGCUUGAGAAAGCUGUCUUCUAUGCAGAAUUUCAGAACAUCCGAUACAAAGGAGAAUCUGUCCAAGGCGCCUUGAUCCUUGCAGAGCUACUUUCAGCAGUUAAACGUUCACUGGCUCGAACCCUGGUCAUCAUAGUCAGUUUGGGAUAUGGCAUAGUCAAGCCUCGCCUUGGAGUGACUCUACACAAGGUUGUGGUAGCAGGAGCCCUUUAUCUUUUGUUCUCUGGAAUGGAAGGGGUCCUCAGAGUUACUGGGUAUUUUGCUUACCCUUUGACUUUGAUAGUAAACCUGGCCCUGUCAGCAAUUGAUGCCUGUAUUAUUUUAUGGAUAUUUAUUAGCCUGACUCAAACAAUGAAGCUAUUAAAACUUCGGAGAAACAUUGUAAAACUCUCUUUGUAUCGACAUUUCACCAACACACUUAUCUUGGCAGUGGCAGCAUCUAUUGUGUUUAUCAUCUGGACAACCAUGAAGUUCAGGAUAGUGACUUGUCAGUCGGAUUGGCGGGAGCUGUGGGUGGACGAUGCCAUCUGGCGGUUGCUGUUUUCCAUGAUCCUCUUUGUCAUCAUGGUUCUCUGGCGACCAUCUGCAAACAACCAGAGAUUUGCAUUUUCACCAUUAUCUGAGGAAGAGGAGGAGGAUGAACAAAAGGAACCUAUGCUGAAAGAAAGCUUUGAAGGAAUGAAAAUGAGAAGUACCAAACAAGAACCAAAUGGAAAUAGUAAAGUAAACAAAGCAGAAGAUGAUUUGAAGUGGGUAGAAGAGAAUGUUCCUUCUUCUGUAACAGAUGUAGCACUUCCAGCCCUUCUGGAUUCAGAUGAGGAACGAAUGAUUACACAUUUUGAAAGGUCCAAAAUGGAGUAAAGAAUGGGAAGGCAUGCAAUUGAAGAUGGCUAGUAUCUGGGAAGAGAUCAGCUUCUGUGUCAGUCUCCAUAGGAUUAAAGGAGGCAGUGACAUCCUGAUCGGUUCCUUGAUCCAAAUUUGUGCAUUGGAGCUGGCGAGAGGUGUCAGAACACGGAGAAUAUCUUAUUGAAAACAAGUUCAUAGGAUGAGAAAAAUCUUCAAGUUUCUUAUUUACAACAUUGAUGCCCCUUUCUCUCCCACACCCUGACAUGGAUGUUUAUGCAACUUACGUGUGUUGUUCCUGAACCUUCUAUAAUGUUUAAAUUGUUUAAUCUGUCAAACUAAAAACUUUAACAUCUGAAGAACUAUGACAUCAACACCAUAAUAUGUAAUCUCCGGGAGCAACUGCCUGUAAUUUUUAUUUAUUUAGGGAGUUAGUUAAAGGUGAUGGGGAAAAUUGUUAAUGAUCUUUCUGUUUCCUGGGAAGCCAAGGUUAUAUCUUUCAAAGGUAGUUUUAAGAAAAAAAGAAUCCUCCUGACUUAAGGAGCUGUGGUUCUAUCAGUGAUUAAAAGAGAAGAAAAGAAAGGAACUGUUACAGUGUAAUUCAGAUCAUUUAAAAAAGCAAAAUCAAGUGCAAUUUUGUUUACAAAUGGUGUAUAUUAAAGAUUUUUCUAUUUCAGAUGUACUUUAGAGAGAAAUAUUAGCUUAACUCUUUUGACAUCUGCUAUUGUGACAGAUCCCAUUGCUGGCAAUGUGGUGCACACUCCAGAACUUUUAACUACUGUUUUGUAAGCCUCCAAGGCAGCAAUGCUUUGUUUGCGUUCAUGCCAUUCACUGGGUGUUGCACUAGAUGCAGAGAGGCACUCCAGCUAAGUGCUUAUGAGUGAGCACCCUGCGGACUGUAAUCCUUCAGAAGCAGGAGCUAAUAGAAAGGAAACAGGUCCUUCUCGCUUAAUUUAAACAGUUUUUCCUGCAUGAAGUGGUGUGGAGGCCCUGGACUGCUGCUUAUUCUUUAGGAUUGAAUAUUCUUGUAUCUGGUGUUGGUUUAGAGACUUUAUAAGACAUCACAACGUGAUGGGAUUCAUUUGAAGCACUAUAUUUCUGUUUUAAUGGUUUUGUCCACUUUUGCCUUCCCAAGAGUUUUGUUCUACAUAGAAAGUUCAUGCCAUUUUUUAAUAUAAAAAAAAUGUUAACAAAA